GUUCUUCUUCUUCUUCUGCUUGGUCGAAAGGCCCGCGGCCGGCAAAUCAUAUCCAACAGCAUUGACCCGUCCCGCGAACACAUAGGCCGUCAACCAGCCGAACAAUGGCGAAAGUGACCCUUCAGUAUCCAGAGGUCUCGACUUAUGACUACUCUUGCAAAGACGAAAGUAAGCGGUUCGUCGUCGAGAACCCUGCUACCGGAAGACCCAUAACCACCAUCCAAGCUGGCGACGCGACAACCGUCGACGCCGCCGUGCAGGCAUCACAGAAGGCAUUCGAGGAGCGAUGGCGGCCGUUGAGUCCCAAUGAACGAUCGCGAUACCUCUUCAAGUGCGCAGACGCACUCGAGGCGCAUCUCGACGACCUCGCUCUCCUCUUGUGCAUGGAGAAUGGAAAGCCGGUUCAGGACGCUCGUGCCUUUGACUUGAACUUCUUGGUUGGCGUCUUUCGCUACUUUGGCAGCCUUUGCGACAAAUUACCCUCGGAGUUCUACAAUCGAGGCGCCAUGUAUUGCACUGUUUUCUACGAACCUCACGGAGUCUGUGGUGGCAUCCUCCCAUUCAAUUGGCCUCCCAUCCACACCGGGGGUAAAGUAGCUCCCGCGAUUGCAGCAGGCAACACUAUAAUUCUCAAGCCUGGCGAGCAGGCACCUCUGUGCGUGCUCGAAAUGGUCAAGAUCCUGCAGACCGUCUUGCCCCAGGACGUUGUGCAGAUCGUUCCAGGGCUGGGCCCGGAAGUCCCGCAGGCGCUGAUCAAUCACCCACUCAUGAAGAUGGUCUCCUUCACCGGUUCUACUGCUUCCGGCGCUGCCACGGCGAAAAGCGCCAGCGCCUCCGUUACCCCGGUUGUUCUGGAGCUGGGCGGGAAGAACGCAUUCAUUGUCUUUGACGACGCAGACUUUGACUCUGCAGUGCGCAACGCCUUAGAGGGUGCCUUCUUCAACAAGGGCGAGGCCUGCACUGCGAGCUCUCGCAUCCUCGUUCAGCGAGGCAUCUAUGACAAGUUUGUGGAGAAACUGGCCGCCGGGGUGAAACGCAUCAAGGCUGGCAAUGGACAGGAUUCUAGCGUCCACGUCGGCCCUCAAGUUUCGAGGGCACAGCAGAAGCGUGUCCUCGAUUACAUCGCGCUGGGAAAGAGUGAGGGAGCGCGAGUUGCGGCCCAGGCUCCCUUGCCAUCAGACCCGGAAUGCAAAGAUGGGUUCUUCGCCCCGAUCACCCUCUUUGCUGAUGUGACUGAAAACAUGCGGAUAUCGAAGGAGGAAAUGUUUGGCACGGUCGUCACUGUGAGCCCGUUCGAGACCUUUGAGGAUGCUAUUCGCAUCACCAACAGCACGGAGUACGGCUUGACUUCAAUUAUCUUCACGAAAGAUCAACUCAAAGCGAAUCGCGCCGUCCGCGCCAUCAAUGCAGGCAUGGUGUGGGUCAAUAACUACCAUCGAAAUGUGCUUGGGACACCGUUUGGAGGUGUUAAUCAGUCUGGCUACGGGAGGGAACAUGCUAUUGGAACUCUGCGGGAAUGGGCGACUCCCAAGGCAGUACACACUGUGUCUGGUCUCGGAGAAGUGCCGUGCUGGAGGUCGGUGACGGAUAUCUUUGGAGCGAGCGGAAGUGAGGUGUCUGGUUCAACUAAUGGAACGUGAUACGCUCAUUCCAACAGGAUUUGCACCCGCAUUCUUUCCGGCAGUACAUUACUGUUGGAAGCAGCUGCCUCGUCAGCAUUCGAGGCGCCUCC